GGCGCAGAGCUAGGGAGGAGAUAGGGGCCCGGCCCAGCCGAGGAGUCCGACCGAGGUCCGGGACUGGGACAUUCAAGCGGGCGGUACUGGUGGCCCAGAGCGGUCGGAAACGCAGCGACCCGGCUGGCACCGCGGCCCUCGGAGCGCCCCCGAGCCCUCGGAGCGUCGGGGCCGUGUCUCCGCCUGCCAUGGCCUCCGCCACUUGCCUGUGGGCCUUCCUGGCCAAGGGGCCCGGCUGGCUCCGGCGCAGCCCGUGGGCUUCGCUCGCCGCCGGCCUGUGUAGCCGGGGACCGACCUGGGCCGGGCAGCCGGAGCCCGGGCCGCGACCCACCAGCGUGCGGCAGCGGGACGGCAUCAGGCACAUUAUCUUGAGCAAUCCAAAGAAUAGGAACGCGCUGUCACUGGCAACGCUGAAAUCUCUCCAAAGUGACCUUCUUCGUGAAGCUGAAAGCACUGAUCUGAGAGUCAUUAUCAUUUCAGCUGAGGGCUCUGUGUUUUCUUCUGGGCAUGAUUUAAAAGAACUGAUGGAUGGGCAAGGACAAGAUUAUCAUGCUGAAGUAUUUCAGACCUGCUGUGAGGUUAUGAUGCUGAUUCAGAAUCACCCGGUCCCCGUCAUUGCCAUGGUGAACGGCUUGGCCACCGCUGCCGGUUGUCAGCUCGUUGCCAGCUGUGACAUUGCUGUGGCGAGCAACAAGUCCUCUUUUGCCACUCCAGGUGUGAACAUCGGGCUCUUCUGCUCCACGCCUGGGGUUGCCUUGGGGAGAGCCGUGCCAAGAAAGGUUGCCUUGGAAAUGCUUUUUACAGGGGAGCCCGUUUCCGCUCAAGAGGCCUUGCUCCAUGGGCUGCUCAGCAAAGUGGUACCAGAAGAGCAGCUGGAGGAAGAGACCAUGAGAAUAGCAAGAAAGAUUGCCUCCUUGAGCCGUCCUGUGGUGUCUUUGGGCAAGGCCACCUUCUACAAGCAGCUGCCCCAGGACCUUAGAACAGCCUACUACCUCACCUCCCAGACCAUGGUGGACAACGUAGCCAUGCAGGAUGGGCAGGAGGGAAUCAAGGCCUUCAUCCAGAAGAGGAAGCCCACCUGGUCACACUGAGCACGCCUUAGAGAAACAAGGAGUGGGCCCAGAAGGCAGCACUCAGGAAGCCCACCCCUCACCUGACACCCAAACACCACUGCUGCCUCGUGAUUGCAACAGAAGACAGCUGCUUUUAUAACAUUAGUAAUGAUGUCACCAUGUUACCAUUAGUAAUAGGUUUCACUGCAUGUGGUCUGUAUUAAUUCUGGGGAAAGGACAGAAUAAAGUCAGACGUAGAGCUAACUAAGUGGAAGGGCAGUGAGCACCAAUGCCAACCAGCCAGGCUGGAAAGCCUGGCCCUCAAUGUGCUCCUGCACAGCACCUACAUGGGGGUCCUCACAGGAAGCGGCAGAGGCGAACUGAGCCACAGAAGAACGGUGCUGGCCUGACUCUGCUCUCAGGAAUGUCCCACAAGGUGGAGGUGGUUUUGGCUGCUCAAGAGAGAGGAAACAUUUCAGAUCCAUGAGAUAUUCUCCACACUGAAAAUCUUGAUCCUAUUGAGACUCACCUUAUAUGAUUUCAGACUAAUCUUAUAUGAUUUUAGAAGUUUAAAUAUUUAGAGAGACUGGUAAUUUUAUCUUCCCAACCAGACUGUAGGCUGUCUGAGGGGGGGAAAAAAGCUCUACACUGUGCUGAGAGGCAUAUAGAAGGUGCCCAGUGUUUCUGUGAUGAAUGUCCUGGCUGCCCAAGGUGCUGUGACCCCUGGACCCAGAGCCAGCCCUGAGGACAGAAACAGAGCAGGGUGGGAGGGACACAGACACAUGGUCUCUGCACUGAACUUCACCUGCUCCGACCCAUUUCCAAACUCUGUUGAGGGGCUGGUACAGAAUCUAAACCAGCAUCAGGCGUUCAAGUCUCCCACAGAGCAAGUGUAUGGAUUAGACAUGUUACUUUCUGGCUUUUGGUCCAAUACAGCCCAAGAAAUGUUCUAAAUCUCUUGUCCUCAAGCUUGCACCUAGGACUGAUCUUUAUUUUUUAAGCCAAUUUCUCUUACUUAGGAGUAGAAUGUGCCCAUUAAUGGGAUUAGUUCCACAGUCAAAGACACAGAACCAUCUGGCUCUAACUGUGAUUCCCAUUCAGGGCAGCAAGCACUGCGUGGAAGACAUCCCUGGUGCGCGCACAGGCUUCUACUGAGAUUGGUGACUUUUUUGACAGACUUUAGGAAGGUCAAAAAAAGAGUGUUUUCUUGGGAAGGAGCAGCUCUUUGAAAAGAGUGCCCCUCAUGAGCAGAAAGCACUAGCGCCCUGCUGACUGCACACCUGGGCAUGCGAGAUGCCCUCUGUACAUUCUCACCUAGUCCCCCCAGAACUCAGGGGAGCAGGUCCUGCAUCACCUCCAUCUCACAGGGGACAGCUGAGCUGACUUUGUCCUAGGCCAAGCAGCUGACGUCAGUAUAGUGAGGUUCCAAAUGCCAUCCGCCUGGUACAGCCAGGGGUGCUCUUUCUCCCAGCCAUACAGCCUCGUGGGGUGGCCUGGGCUGGUGAGGGGCCAGCCUGAAGAAUGACUUUCCUCAUUCAUGGCAACUUCCCCAAACGGACCAAAUUCUCCUGGCUACAGAACCUUGCCAGGCACAAGGGACAUCAGAUUUGAUUCCUGGCAGACCACUAGUGGAGUUUUUACUAGAAGCUAAUAAAGCGCUGGCUGAAGUUGAAGUUGUAAACUACUUUGUGAAGAAGAGGGCUCUCAGGGUCUGCUCCAAAACCAUGCUGUCUUUGGGUUCAGUUCCACAUCUUCCUUUCUGGGUGGCCCACUGUUUAAGUUCUAUUUGGCAGUUGCCAGAUUGCACAGGAUAGAGGAGAGGGUGUUAUAAACUCUCUGGGCUUCGGGGAAGGUAAGAAAGUCUUCUUGCUCAUUUGCAAAUGAAAAUCAAAAGUUAACUUUCCAGCUUCUAUAUGAGCGAGAACUAUACCCUCAAACCAUGAAAUCCUUGGGUGUCUAGACUGGCUUCCCAGCCUGGGAGAUGAUGUGCACACAGGGACUAGUUACAAAUCUCAGUAGUUGCCAGUGAAGAAAAUAAUAUAGAAGGAAAAUCUGCCACCCACCCUCUCAUGUCAUAUAAUUCAUCCCAAGGCAAAUAUGAAUUUUGGGUUAAUUUGUAUCUCUGCUUCCUUCUACAGGGACACUGAGUGAAAAUUUCCUGAUAGACACAUGUGAUGAUUGCUUUUGGAAAGCCGAGUAUAUUCGCCUUUCCCUCUGUACGAUUAGCUUCUCAGGGAGCUUUGCUGUGCUCAGCCCAGCAGGCCACACCCCAGCAUUCAAGGGCUAGAAAGUCAGUGACAUGGGUGUUCACUCAUGCUUGAGGCCUGGAGAACACAGACAAACAGAGUGAACGGCAAGCACCAGCUCCCUGAUUAACCACACUGAAGAAUAUGUGGGGAGUUGCCGUGUAAUAACAUACAGUGAUUCAAUGAGCUACACUCCUGCCACACAGCCCUAGGCAGGAGCUCGUACUACCUUCCUGGUAAGAGGAGGCCCAGGGAAGUUUAGGCACUUGCCACAGUCCAGCCAGUAUGUGGCUUUGGAUCUGUAAAACCUGUGCCCCUGACCACCAUAC